AGGCCCCUCCCCACGGGGCCGGGGAGAAACGGCGGCGGCCGCCCGGGGAAGGCAGCGAGGGCUGCGGACAGAAGUUUGCUGCUGAAAGAGAGGGGAGAAUUAAUUAAUUAAUAAGAAUAAUAUAAUUAAACCUGCGAGGAAGCGUCCACCCUCCCCCCCCCACCCCGUCCUUCUUCAUCCCUGCGGGGAUGCGGCGGCGCUCGGCCGGCGGCAGCCCGCGGUACCCGACCCGGCUGCGGGCAUGACCCGGGACCGGAGCGGGGCUGGACCGGCCGCGGUGUGAACGAUCGCCCCGGGGGCCGGGCUGGGGCGGCGGGGACGCCUCUCGCCCUGCCCAGCCUCCGCGCAUCCUCCGCGGUGCCGAGCCGAGCCGGGCCGGUCGGUCCGAGCCGUGCCGAGUCGGUGUGAUCCGCGCCGUGCCGAGCGGUAGGAUGAGGGGCAUCCUCUACUUCUGUACGCUGAUCCUCCUGGAAGGCAUGGCAGAAGCUGUCAGCUCGAGCAGGGACUGCCUUCAAGCAGGCGAGUCCUGUACCAACGACCCCAUCUGCAGUGCCAAAUUCAGGACCCUCCGGCAAUGCAUUGCAGGCAAUGGAGCCAACAAGCUGGGCCCCGAUGCCAAGAACCAGUGCCGGAGCACCGUGACGGCCCUGCUCUCCAGCCAGCUCUAUGGCUGCAAGUGCAAGAGAGGCAUGAAAAAGGAGAAGCACUGCUUGAGUGUCUACUGGAGCAUCCACCACACGUUAAUGGAAGGCAUGAACGUACUGGAGAGUUCCCCUUACGAGCCGUUCAUCAGGGGCUUUGAUUACGUCCGGCUGGCAUCCAUCACUGCAGGCUCUGAGAACGAGGUGACCCAAGUGAACCGGUGUCUGGAUGCUGCCAAAGCCUGCAAUGUGGAUGAGAUGUGCCAGCGGCUGCGGACCGAGUACGUCUCCUUCUGCAUCCGGCGCCUGGCGCGGGCCGACACCUGCAACCGCUCCAAGUGCCACAAGGCUCUGCGCAAGUUCUUCGACCGCGUGCCACCCGAGUACACCCACGAGCUGCUCUUCUGCCCCUGUGAUGACACAGCCUGUGCUGAACGCCGGAGGCAGACCAUCGUUCCUGCCUGUUCCUAUGAGUCCAAGGAGAAGCCCAACUGCCUGGCACCUCUGGACUCCUGCAGGGAAAACUACGUCUGCAGGUCGCGCUACGCAGAGUUCCAGUUUAAUUGCCAGCCAUCACUGCAGGCUGCGAGCGGCUGCCGGAGAGAGAGCUAUGCUGCCUGUCUGCUGGCCUAUACAGGGAUCAUAGGCAGCCCCAUCACACCCAACUACAUUGACAAUUCCACUUCCAGCAUAGCUCCCUGGUGCACGUGCAAUGCCAGCGGCAACCGGCAGGAAGAGUGUGAGAGCUUCUUGCAUCUCUUCACUGACAACAUCUGUCUCCAAAACGCCAUUCUGGCCUUCGGCAAUGGGACCUACCUGAAUGCAGCUGUGGCCCCAUCCAUCCCCCCCACCACACAGAUGUACAAGCAGGAGCAAAAUGCCAACAGAGCCGUGGCCACCCUCAGAGAGAACAUCUUUGAGCACCUCCAGCCCACCAAGGUGGCAGGAGAGGAGAGGCUCCUGCGGGGCUCCACUCGUCUGUCAUCAGGGACCUCCAGCGCAGCAGCUCCCUCCCUCUGGGCAGCCUCUCCACUGCAGAUGUGGCUUCUCCUGGCUCUUGCUGUGCUGAGCCUCUUUGCAAUGUGAAGCAGGGCGGGCACACGCCAGGCAGAGACUCUCUUUGUGUUGGUUUCUUUACAAAACAACCAGAAACUUGUUUGGGGAGAGGGAGUGGGAGGAGGGAGGGGAUGGGAAGGAGACGUGAGCGUGUGGGCAUCCCUUCCUCCUCCUCAUCCGUCUGCCACUUGAUUUGGUUUUAUACAAUCAAUCAGCAUCGUCGACAACCAGCUCGUGCUUGGUCCUGGCCACCUUUCCACCCCACAGCUUGGUUGUCUCUCCAGCUCUCUGUGGAUGGGGUUGGAGCCAUGGACAAUUAAUUCCCUUGGAAAAGGUGAAGGAAAGAGUUGAGCCAAGAAAUGAGAUCUGCAAAGGAAAUGCUUUUGCCUGCCCCAGCCAAGAGGGAAAAGACUUUUGAUGAAUGAGCUGUCAGGAGGUUUCCUGAAGCCCUGCCUCACAUUGGAGGGCUCUUGACAGGACAUGUCAAGCGAUGCGGAGUUCAGACUGUCUCCAGGGUUGCUCAGGACCUAAAGGGCAGCCCAAGUGGUUCAGAUUGAAGAAACCAGAGCACUGGUGAGAAGGUGGUUGGUUCUGUUCACCAGAGAGGAUCCUGAAGCACCUUUGGGGUGGACCAAAUAACCACACCACGAACUGGCUUGAAACCAUGGCCAGCGUGCAACCAGCAUGCACUUCCAAGCUGUCACCUACCCCUCGGGCCCUCCUUUUUAGAGAAACAUGUGUCAUGUAUUGGUGGUGUUCAGGAAGAAACACGUGUGUUGCGUUUCGUUCGCGGCUGGCUUUCCUCGUGCCCCAACCCCUGCAUCUCUAUUCACUGGUCCUGUAAAGUGUCUGGGGGAGGUAUUUUUCUGUCCCAUCCAAACAACCAGAGGCCAAUGUUGUCCCACUCCAAGCUAACCUUUCUCUAUGAGGGAUGAAUGUGUGAACCCAUGGGCAGGACUCGAUGUGAGCCCAACACAACCCAUUCCCAUGUGCUCAUGCACCGGUCCUGCAGAGACAGAGGUUCCUCAGCUGCGACUUCAUUAGUUUUCCUGGGAAGAUAAAGGAUGGAAAAGGUUUGUUAGAUACCACCACCACAGGGACAUAAAUAUCCAGGCAGUUUGUGGAAAGACCAAGUCAUGAAUCAUGUCAUGGGUAGGGAGUGGAUUGCCAUGGUUCCCCUCCUUGCAGAGCUGGCAGAGGCAAUCACUUGUGUCCAGGUUAGCAGGUGAAGGACAUUGCCGCUUGACAAGUCCUAUUUACUAAGCUGAGAGGUCAUUUAAGCACAGGCUGGUGAAGUGACCCAUUCCACUGAGCUGCAAUCAGAGCCCAGCUGGAGGGUGAAGACAAACAUCUCCCUGGUCUCUCAGGGUACAGGGAGGCAGAUACAUGAUUUUGGGCUACCUGAGCAUUGGGGUCUUCCCUUGAGGAGGUGAGCUGAGGACUCCCAGUGCCUUCUUGGGGAGCUGAACCCCUCACUAGAUUGAGCCAAGAAAGAAGGUGGUAAGGAAGGGUGAGAAGUUUUCCCAGGAUAAAGGCUUGCCCAGGUUGACCACCAUGGAAGUCACAGGUAUAGUUCCAGGUUCUCCCUGACUAUUUGGGCCUGGGUUUUGCAGCAGUCCAUUGAUUCCUUGGUUUGUGCUCCUCAAGGAACAUCAUUAGUUCCUUAGCAUUUGGAUCCAUAGAAAGGCUGAGCAGCAGCUGAUGCAGCACAGUCCAGCACUUCUUAUUCCUAUUCCCUGCAGAACACGUUCCAUUGUUUAUUGCUUCAGAUCUUGCUGAGAAACUGCAACAAAAUUUCUUGGGUUUUGGUCACUUGGUUUUGAACACCUGUAGAUGUAUAAGACAAGUACAGAAAUCCUCCUGGAUAUCCUAUCCAAUAUUCUGCUCCCUGAUGUCCUGUGGGCUGUAGGACCUGGUUGUCUUAAUCCAGGGCUAUGCAAAAGAACAUCAAUUCCUAGAUUCAUGGAAUUGUUUAGGUUGGAAAAGGCCUUUAAGAUCACUGAGUCCAAUUGUUAACCUGCCAAGAUCCAAGUAUUGAGUGCAGGAUGCCAAGUCACACUCUGAACUGAAACUUAGAUGUGAGAUCUCCACUGCCAAAAGGCUAACCCAGAGCAGAAAAGCAGGCAGGAAGGUAGUGCUACAGGCAGGAAAGUCCCACACCUCCCUUCACAGUGCCAUAGCCAUGGUCUGAGCGUGAACAUCUCCCUUUUAUCCAGGACAACAGCAUCAUCUGGGAGACCAUGGAGCCAUCUGUGCACAGCUUGUGUCCUCUGAGCCACAGGUGAGAAAGGGGUUAAAUUCUGAUGCUCAGCCCUUCAAAGGCAAGGAACUACCUCAACAUCAUGAGGUCAUGCUGUGAAUUGCCUUCUUCUGCCGCUUCUCUUCCAAGUCCUGUGGUCAAGAGUGGUCAUGCCCUGCUCUUCUACACAUCCAUCUCCACCAGCCUUUAAUCUCUGUGUAGGAUGGGCAUGAAGUGUCAGCUGCUUUCCAGGAGUACCCACUCAUGGCUCCACUCCUGUGCCUCUCAUAACUCAUUGGUGGUGAUGCUGAAAUGCCACUUUGCCAUUUCCUUCUCUGACUGAUUGAUUGACACCCAGCAGAGACAGACUUUUUGUGGGUGGUCAGGAUGACAACCCCACUUCAGCUCUCCCUUAAGACUGUGAAAAAUACAUGUGGGGAAUCAUACUUGGAGACUUAGAGAGGAUGGAGGAGACCUCCAGAGGUUACCUGGCCCAUUACUGUGUCCCACAGCAGGACCAAUGGUCUGUUUAUAUUUUAUGGCAGAUUUGUCUUAAAUGGUUUUUAACAAUAUUUCAAUGAGACACAUCAUCAUCACCUCCCCUGGGUUUAUAUCUUGCUUUGAAGACUCCUUAAGACGUUAGUUGUCUCCAAGUACCACAGGCCAAUGAGACCCUCAAUUCCUAUUGUGGUGUCUUCUCAAGUUCUCAGUUACAGAAGGAUGACAAACCAACAGCUAAAAGUGGCUGUGGAAGGUGACAGCCAACUGCCAUGGAUCAUAUCAGGGAGGCAUUGCAUGAGAAACUCAAACCCCACAGCAGCGAUCUGCCGGGAUCCCUGCACAAACUGCAGUGAGUUACUGUCAAUAGGUGUCUGUGAGAGGGAUUUCCUCCCUGUGCCCUUGAUUGAGGGACCUCAAAUCAUCUGUGGAGUUGAGAUUGUAGGUCUGAAAAUGUCCUCAACCUUUGUCCCGUGCUGUGAUUUGGAUGCAGCAUCUUUCAAGCACUGCCUUAGGCCAGGUCCUGCAUGCUGGACCCUGGGGAUGCUCUGAGACGGAGUGAGCAGGGCACAGAGCAACGAGCCUCUCACCCAGCAGGAAGGAGCCAGAGGGUUGGGAUGGGCACGCAUAUCACACAGAAUUAAAACCAAUAAUAAUCCCCAAACCUGCAUGAUUUUUUACUGGUCAUUUCACCCCUUUUGCCAAUAUUUAAUGUCAAUUCCCCCUCCAAACCUCUUUAUGAAUCACCCUUUGCAAAAGAAGGAUGGCUUUUGAGCAGUCCUGUUGGAGGAAGGAAACUCGAGUACAUUCCUCCCCACCUACAAACACGUGUGUGCAUGGGCCGCUUCUUUUCCCUGGUGAAAAGUCGGUAAUUUUUUGGGAUGAAAUUCCAUCUCUGUUGAACUCUGUGAAGUGAACGACGGAUCUUCAUUUUGAAGUCUCUUGAGUCACCACCAAAGUCAGAGCAGCUGCUUGUAAAGGCGAAGGAUUGGGAAAGCCAAGAGAGAGAAAGGGAAACAAUACUUUUAGGGAUUACUCCAUAUCCGGGGACUUCCAUAAGCACAAAGAAGAGUCAUGUGGGACAAGUAAUAAGAAAAAGAACCAAACCAGCCACUGAACUCUAUUUUUUUGGCUGCUCAGCACCAUUCCCAGUGGUUUGGCAUCCUGAAAGCCCAUGGAAUGUUGUGUGUGUGUACAAAUACCACGUCAUCAUCAAAGCCAGAGCAUGAGCAGGGCAGGAGACACUGCGGCGGGGAGCUGGUUUCGGAGCAAUAACCCCAUGGGUACCAGGGUGAUGCUAAAGGCUGUGUGUGUGUGUACACAUGCACAUAGGGAGGACGGUUGAUGUCUGCCUGUACUACUGGGGUAUAACUUGUACUUAUCUCUUCUGUACAUGUCAAUAUUCAAACAUAUCCAUGAAUAAAGCACACAUGCAUUUUCCUGA